CAUCCUCUAGUAAACAUACCAACCGAUUUACGCACGGCAAAAUGAUCAAGAUCAUCGCACUACUAGCCUGUCUGGCUGUCGUCGCUUCUGCCCAAUACCCGUCGGGAGACUAUAAAGAAGAACAUCAUUCCCAUCCCAAGUACAAGUUCGAGUACGGAGUCCAUGAUCCCCACACGGGCGAUCACAAGUCCCAGUGGGAGGUGCGUGAUGGGGAUGUCGUCAAGGGUCAGUACACACUAGUCGAAUCGGAUGGCAGCGAGCGCAUCGUUGAUUACAAAGCCGACGACCACAAUGGAUUCGAAGCCGUCGUCAAGAAUGUCCACCACGGUCACUCUUUGCAUUGAUGAUGGACCCAGGAACGAUUUUCCUUUGAAAUUUCAAAUUGCUAGACAUGUUUUUUCCAUACCAAA